ACUGAAGAAGUCACACGGACAUACUCCCAGUUUCAACCAUAUAAUAGAUGAUGGUUAUUGGAACAGCCCGAACAUUUACCGCGGAGCAAGAGAUAUAGCUUGAGAGGCUACCAGACAAUCCAAGAACCAAGGAAUGGAUGACUACAGAUACCGGGACAACUAUGAGGGCUAUGCCGCUAGUGAUGGCUACUACCGGGGCAAUGAGCCAAACCAGGAAGAAGAUGCUCAGAGUGAUGUUACAGAAGGCCAUGAUGAGGAGGAUGAGAUCUAUGAGGGCGAGUACCAGGGCAUCCCUCAUCCAGAUGAUGUCAAAUCUAAGCAGCCUAAGAUGGCACCCUCCAGAGCAGAUGGCCUUCGGGGCCAGGCAGACCUGAUGGCUGAGCGGAUGGAAGAUGAGGAGGAGUUGGCUCACCAAUAUGAAACCAUCAUUGAUGAAUGUGGCCAUGGGCGCUUCCAAUGGACCCUCUUUUUUGUCUUGGGUUUGGCAUUGAUGGCUGAUGGGGUGGAAGUGUUUGUGGUGAGCUUUGCUCUGCCCAGUGCAGAGAAAGACAUGUGUCUGUCCAGUUCCAAGAAAGGAAUGCUUGGGCUGAUAGUCUACCUGGGAAUGAUGGCAGGAGCCUUCAUCCUGGGGGGCCUGGCUGAUAAACUGGGAAGGAAGAAAGUCCUCAGCAUGUCCUUGGCCAUCAAUGCCUCCUUCGCCUCCCUCUCCUCCUUCGUGCAGGGAUAUGGAGCCUUCCUCUUCUGCAGACUCAUCUCAGGCAUAGGUAUUGGGGGCUCCCUGCCAAUUGUUUUUACCUACUUUUCUGAGUUCUUAUCGCGGGAGAAACGAGGUGAGCAUCUUAGCUGGCUGGGCAUCUUCUGGAUGACUGGAGGCAUCUACGCAUCUGCGAUGGCUUGGAGCAUCAUCCCACACUAUGGCUGGGGCUUCAGCAUGGGGACCAAUUACCACUUCCACAGCUGGAGAGUGUUCGUCAUCGUCUGUGCUCUGCCCUGCACUGUGUCCAUGGUGGCACUGAAGUUCAUGCCAGAGAGCCCCAGGUUCCUGCUGGAGAUGGGCAAACAUGAUGAAGCCUGGAUGAUUCUCAAGCAGGUCCAUGACACCAACAUGAGGGCAAAGGGGACCCCUGAGAAGGUGUUCACGGUGUCCCACAUCAAAACCCCCAAGCAAAUGGAUGAAUUCAUCGAGAUCCAGAGUUCAACAGGAACUUGGUACCAGCGCUGGCUGGUCAGGUUCAUGACCAUUUUCAAACAGGUCUGGGAUAACGCCUUGUACUGUGUGAUGGGGCCCUACAGAAUGAACACCCUGCUUCUGGCUGUGGUUUGGUUCACCAUGGCUUUAAGUUACUACGGCCUUACAGUGUGGUUCCCUGAUAUGAUCCGGUAUUUCCAGGAUGAAGAGUACAAGUCUAAAAUGAAGGUGUUUUUCGGUGAGCACGUGCAUGGCGCCACAAUCAACUUCACGAUGGAAAACCAGAUCCACCAACAUGGCAAGCUUGUGAAUGAUAAGUUCAUAAAAAUGUACUUUAAACAUGUCCUCUUUGAGGACACAUUCUUUGACAAGUGCUAUUUUGAAGAUGUGACAUCCACAGAUACUUAUUUCAAGAACUGUACCAUCGAAUCAACCACCUUCUACAACACAGACCUCUACAAACACAAGUUCAUUAACUGUCGGUUUAUCAACUCCACCUUCCUGGAGCAGAAGGAGGGCUGCCACAUGGACUUCGAGGAGGACAAUGAUUUUCUGAUUUACCUCGUCAGCUUCCUGGGCAGCCUGUCUGUCUUGCCUGGGAACAUAAUUUCUGCCUUGCUCAUGGACAGAAUCGGAAGACUCAAGAUGAUUGGUGGCUCUAUGCUCAUCUCUGCAGUCUGCUGUUUCUUCCUGUUUUUUGGCAACAGCGAGUCUGCGAUGAUCGGCUGGCAGUGCCUGUUCUGUGGGACCAGCAUUGCAGCCUGGAAUGCUCUGGAUGUGAUCACGGUGGAGCUGUACCCCACCAACCAGAGGGCCACAGCCUUCGGCAUCCUCAAUGGCUUGUGCAAAUUUGGUGCCAUCCUGGGAAACACUAUAUUUGCUUCUUUUGUUGGGAUAACCAAAGUGGUCCCCAUCCUUCUGGCUGCUGCUUCUCUGGUUGGGGGUGGCCUGAUUGCCCUUCGACUGCCAGAGACCCGAGAGCAGGUCCUGAUGUGAACAACCCACUGGGGAAAGAAAGACGGCCAGAUCUUCUCCAGGACACUCCAGCACAGCCACGCCUCCUGUCUCUCACUGUCCACUUGUUACCAUGGACAGCACAGGAGGAGAAAUGGACUCUGUGAUCCCUAGUUUAGGACCCACUUCAAUUGUCAAUACAUUUGUAACUCAGGUGAUUGACUAGGGGUGCCCUGAGCCACCCUUAGGAUCCCAGAGCUGUGUGCUUAGCUUCAGGUCUCUCCAUCCAAGGCAGGGGUAGGACCCUCCAGUAAACACAUAUCUGUUUCUCUAAUCGAGGUGCAAGGAAUUGUUUGAAUUUCA